GGGGAGGUGUUGGGAUCGGGACAGUGAGUGGGAUUCGGAUGUGGAUGAUGAGAUGAGUGAGGCGGCGCCGGGGGAUGAUGAUGAUGAUGAUGAUGAGGGGGGUGGGGCCGUGUGGGAGAAACAGCAGGAGAGGGUGACGCGUACGCCGUGGUGGAGGGAUCUGCCGGGGGGGAGUAACAGUGUGGGGGUUGUGAAGGAAGUGGGGCAGUUGAAGUGGUACAGGGAGAGGGCUGCGAGUGCUGCUGAGCCUGUACUGCCGGUGGAUGAAGGCAGCGCCGGCGAUGAUGAUCAGUCUUCUGAGGAUUCUGAUGCCGGCUCGGAUGGGGAUGACGACGCCGACGAGAUGGGUGAAGACGGUGGAAGUGACGCGGAACACGCAGAGGACGCACUGACGACAGCCACAGCGAGGGUAAAAGCACACCGCCCCGUAACAGUAAAAUCAACCCACCGGCUCCCCGACGGCGGGGUCGUCGUCAACACAUUCAGCCCCACCCUCCCCCAUCGCCGUUCAGCAUUAAGUCGCGGAGCGACGGUCGUCGGACUCCCCAUCCCUGACGUCCACUCCAACGUCAAUGGGAACCCGACCCACGCACGCCCACCCGUCCGCAGAAACACGACCACCUCACACCUUGCACACGGAGGCGGUGCAGGCGUGAAUCCAGGCGGGAUGAGCAAAACGCUCCACCGCGCCUCCUCAUGGUUCAAGCCCAUCCAAUCAUGGGUCGAAACAAUCGGCGAAGUCAUCGCCCCAACCCCAUCCCCCGACGACCAGUCCCAGGGCAGGCGAACCUCCGUGAUUGACGGUGGGAGCGGGAGUCUGAGGAGGAUGCCGCAGCCGCUGUUGCAGAAUCGGGCGCGCGCAAAUUCAGCGGUGGCGGUGCCGAGACCCUACAUUGUCGAUACGGCCUUAUCACACCCUCCACCAUCUCCACCGGCGAACCCACAACCGCACCAGCUGCCACACCCGCUUCCACGCACGUAUUCCGCAGUGUCGGUUGCGUCUUCGAAGGCGAGUAGUGGGGCCACGCCUGGCGAGGAGGGCAAACGGCAGGGAGGGAAGAAGAUCAGGGUUAGGCGGUGUGAUGUGUAUCAGUUUGAUGAGGCGGUGGGACACGCGGACGGGGCUGCCAAGGGAGACGCCGCCACGGCACCGGAACCGCUUGGGGAUUCAAAAGACCGGUCCGGCGCGCCAACGCAUGACUCGAGAGAAACACGCACCGACACAUCCCCGCCGCAGCCUGUAUCACCCCCCGGGACGACACCGAUCCCAUCGACCCCACCCCGCGAAUCCAACGCAGACAACGGGGACCCGAAACCGGAAGAUGAUUUUGGAGAGUUUGAAAGCCCGGUUGUGGAUUCGCCGCCCCCCCGGCGUGCAGAAACAGAUGCCGCGACCGAGUGAGAUGUCCGGCCCCCCGCACCUCGCAAUACCCUCAAUGGGACCUCAUACACGUGUACUAUUCUUCCCAACUGGACCUCUUGUGAUGCCCCGUUCUAGGUUAGGCGCCAUUGUUUUUUUUUGAUGGGCCUGUACUGUAUUUUGGAAUAUGAUUUUGGUUUUGGGGAUUUUGAACGCGGAGUUUGAAAAACGCGUCAAGCCCGAACGCAAAAGACAUGGGUGCAAUCGAACAAGUGUGUUUUCCCC